AUGGAAAUGAGGAAAAAUAAAAAAAAUAAAAGUUGUAACAAUAAUGAUGAUGGACUAGAUAAAACAUUAAAUGAAAGUAAUAAUGAAUUUUAUAAUUUGAAAAGUUUGAUUGAUUAUAAUGAAUUGAAGUAUAAUACAUAUGCAGAUAAUAACUCUAAUAUUUUAAGUAAUACUUACGAAAAUAUUUAUGAAGACCUUUCUUCGAAUUAUGAUGAUAGCGCAUAUGAAUCAAAUGAUGACUUAACUGAGUUUUAUUUAUAUAACGAAAUUAGUAAUCAUAAGUAUAAUAAUAAUUUAUAUGAUUUUUAUUUGAGUAAAUUCAAUAGUAAUAUUGAAGAAAAAAAUAAAUUAAAUGAGUCUAAUUUAAGUAUUAUUAAUCAAAUACCAUAUAUAUUAAAUAAUGUAGAUUAUAAUAAAAGUAAAAUGAAUAGAAACAAAAAUGAAAACAUGCUUGAAAAAAAUACAUAUGAAAAAAGAAAAGAAAUUUACAAUACAAAAAAUAGUUAUGAAGAUACCUAUAAAUAUGAUAAUAAUCAAGUAGAAAAUAAAAAGAACGAAAAUUUAUCAGAAUUUAAAAGAGAAAAUAAUAUAUUAUGCAAUUCAUUGAAAAUAGAUGAAAAUAUUAUAAAGAAAAAGAAUGAUUUAAAAAAAGGUGGUGAAAAAAAAAAUGACAAAAUAGAAAUAGGAGAAAAAGUAGUUAUUGAUAAUGUAUACUACAAUACCUUAAUUAAUAAAUGUAAUUACACUGUUUCAUGUUAUAUGUAUAAAAAAACUAAUGCAACACAUAUUUAUAGAAAAAAAAUAUUAGUUUUAAAAAAAAAUUUUCUAAUUAUAAAUAAAUUUAAACCUAAUAUCAAUAAUAUUUAUAAAGAUAUACAUAGAGAUAUUUAUGAUAUAUCAUAUUCUAGAUAUAGCAAAAUAUGUAAAAAUUCAAAUAACAUUUAUAAAUUUAGUUUAUAUGCAAGGCGAUUAAGUAGAAAUAAUGCAAGCUCCAACUCUGAUAAUAGCAAUUUUUUUUCCUUAAAAAAAAAAAAAAAAAAAAAAAAAAAUAAUUAUAAAAUACCAAAAGAUGAAUACAAUUUUAACAAUGAACAUAUUCGCUUAGCUAAUCACAAUUUAAAUAUAAUUUUAGAAUUAAUAAAUUUAAUAAAAAUUAUUUCAAUAUAUGGUUCUUUAAAAAAGUAUAUUAAAGUAAUAAUUUAUAAAUAUACAAAAAAUUUAUUUUUAAAAAAUUAUGAAAUAUGCUGCAAUACGCCAAAGUAUUUUGUAUUACUAAAAAAAUUCUACAAUUCUAUAAAUAGAUUCGUUUAUAAUUAUAUUUAUGUAAAUAUAUUAAAAAUUAAAAAUAUUGAAAAACUGAAAUAUAAUUAUAUAUAUGCAAUUAUUGAUGUUGAUAAUUUUUUGUAUUAUUAUAAAUAUGAAUAUAAUAAAGAUAUGUUCAUACCACUCUUUUCUGAUAGACAAAACAAAAUCAGUUUCCAUUUUUACACCGAUUACAAUUUAUACUUAGGAUAUUUUAUAGUUUACAAUUAUGAAAUAGAAAAACAUAUAGAUUUUAAUUUAAAUAGAAAUUGCGAAUUAAAUUUAAGUAUUAUUGAAAACGAUUUUUUUUUAUCAAAAAAAAAAAAAAAAAAUGUAUCAGCACAUAGUACGACGUCAUCAAAUAAAACGGAAAGUUUAUUUGAUUCAUUUGAUAAAUCAGAUAAUAUGAUUUUUAGUAAGCCUUCUUUAUUAAAUCAAAAAAAUAUUAUUUUUGAUAAAAACUAUUUUUUUGUAAGAAAAUUAUAUAAUGAUCAAAAAAAACACAUUCAGAAAAAUAGUAAAUAUAUGGCUAAUUCUAAUGACAAUAUGCAUGUUCAUUUAUUUAUUUAUAAAAGUAAAAACAGAUUUGAAUAUUUAUUACCUUCUAAAAAUACCACUGAUUUAUUAUGCGAUGAAGAUAAUUUAUAUAUGUCUAAUAAUAAUUUAAAUAACAAUUAUCAAUUAAUUAACUUGUUUUUAAAUAAUAUUAAAAGGACUAUGCAAAUAAAAAAUAGAUUUAAUUAUUUUUUGGAAAAAAUAAAUAAUAUAUUGGAAUUUAGAAAUUUUUUUGUUUCCAUUAUUUCAAUUUUUUAUAUAUUUUUUUGUUCUUAUUAUAAAAAUUACAUACAUAUAAUAAUCCUAUUAACCAUUUUAUUUCUUUUGCUAAUAAAUAAUGAUAAGAAUUAUGAUUUUUAUAAAAAUAUAUUAUAUGAAUUUCCUAUUUUAUAUUUAUUUUUUCCUCAUAAAUUAUUAUAUAAAAUUUCUAAAAAGUCGAAUUUAUAUCAUUUGCACACGUUUCUUCAUAUUUUUCUUUUAAAUAAAUUUCCGGUAUUUUUUCAAUAUCUUUAUAAAUAUUACAAGUACAAAUGUAUUUAUUUCUUUGUGUAUACUCCUUCAUAUUUUAACAAAUAUUAUAAUAAUUAUUCUUUUUUUAAAACUAAUGAUUCAGAUAAAAGAAAAUUAUCUGUUGGAAGAGUAGGUAAGAUAAAGAAUAGCAAAAAAAAAAGUAUUAGUGAAGUAUGCAAUUAUCAAUAUAUAAAAAAUGAUACCUUAAAUAAUAAGAAAAAAAUAAAAAACAUGAAUAAUUUAAUGGGAUUAAGUUCAAAUUUUUAUAUAAGUAAUAAUUAUAUAAAUAUGCACUAUAAAAAAAAUGAAUAUAGUAGUAAGUAUGAGAGAUGCUAUAGUGUGAUUAGACAAAAUGAAAUUAAUAAAGAUAUGGAAAAUGAAAUUAAUAAUAUAGGGGAUGAACAAAGCAAAACUAAUAAAGAUGAAAGUUGUCAAUGUAAAAUAAUUAAUAAUAAUGAAAUUAAUAAAAAAAAUAUUUUUAAUCUUAAUAGCAAAUUUAAUGAAAACACUAAAAAUAAUAAUAAUAAAAAGAAUAAAAAUAAAAACAAUCAAAAUGAAAAAAAUAUUAAUGAUAAAUUUUUGCGCAAUUUACGUAAAUAUUUUAAAAACAAAAAUUUAAGUAGCAUUAAUACAAAAAACAGAAUAUUAAGAGGAGACAAAGAAACAAAUAAUAAUGUUAUAACUUCACCAAAUUUUGAAAAAAAAAAUAAUUUUAAAAACAUUGAUAGUACAAAUGAAGAUAAUAUAUAUAAUAAAAUUUUGAAAAAUAAUAAAGUUACUCAUAUAAUUAAAAAUAAUGAGCAAAAAAAAAUAGAAAGUUUUAAUAUAGAUGAAUAUAGAAAUUUGAUUAAUGCAAGUAAUUUAAAUAACUCUAAUAAAAUUAAUGAAUAUACAAAACUAAAUGAAUGUAACUAUAGAAAAAGUUAUUCUGAAAUAAAAAGUAAUUCAUAUAUGGAUAUAAAAAAAGAAGAAAGAAAUAUUUUUAGUGAUAAUGAACCAAAGACAUAUAUAUAUAGUAGUUUAUACCCUCAUAAUCCAUUAUCAAAUAAGGGAAUCUAUAAUGAUCAUAAAAAUAGUUGUAUAGAAAACAAUAAUAAUUUUAAUAAAGAAAUAAUAAAUUAUUCAAGUGCAUUAUUAGAUAGCGAAUUGGGUAUUAAUGAAAUUAUACUAAUGGAUAUAAAAAUAAAAAUUAUGAAAAAUAUGAGAAAUAAUUAUUACGAUUCAAAGAAUGAAAGUAAGAUUGAGAAAAUACAAGAUGAAAGAUAUAAUAUAGAUGAAAAAUAUGAUAAAAGUAGAAUGAAUAAUAAUGGCUUUUAUUUUAAAAUUAAUAAUGAACAUUAUUCUUUUGAUUACAACUUAUAUGAAAAUAAAUAUAUGCAUUGUUGCAAAUUUUGUAAUUAUAAUAGUUUUUCAAGUGAAAAUCAUAGUGCCAAAGAUAUGAAAAGUAAACAAAGAAAUAAUAUUCAUAAAAAUUAUAUAUCAAAUUAUGAAGUAUGUGACCAUAAUAAAAGUUCUUUUUAUAACAUUAAUGAAUAUUUUCCUAAUUAUUUUUACAAUUCUAUUGAAAUGAUAUAUAUUAAUAUAAUAUUGAUUUUUAUUUACUUUUAUUGUUUUUUUAUUAUAACAGUUCAUGGAGGUUUAAAUAACGACUUUCCUUUAUAUUUUUAUUUUUUAAAUAAAAAAAAGAAAAAAGAAAAAAAAAAAAAUUAUAAAGAAAAAAAAAAUAAUUUUUUAGAGCAAAAUGAUGAAAAUUUUAAAAUGUACACAAAAAAAAAAAGUGAUGAAAAAAAGUGUAGGUCUAAUUUUUUAUAUAAAUCAAAACAUAUUUUUGAGAAUUGGAAACAGAAAAGAAAAUUAAUUAAAAAAAACAUAAAAAUUAAUUUAAAUAGAGAAGAAUAUCAUGAUUUUAAUGAUACUAAAAAAAAGGAUUCUAUUGAAAAUGAAGAUUCAUUAUUUGAUGAGAAACAAAAUGAAAAUAAAAAAAUAACAAGGGAUGGUUCUCCUAAAAAAGAUGAAAUAAGCAAUCCCAAAAUGUGUAAGAAUAAAAAUUUAAUCAAUUAUGUUUCACUUAAAGAGAAAGAAUUAGAAUAUAAAAACUCAAAUGAAAAUAUAAAUAUAAUAAAUACAAAACUUUCUGAAAAAGAAAAGCAAGUGGAUAAAAAUGACAGUAAUAAUAAUUAUAACAAAAAUGAUAAUUGUAAGCCAUUUUGUACAUUUAACAAAACAAGUUACUCUACUGAAUUACUCAAUUUACGUAAUGAAAAUUUUGUACUAAAUAAGAAUAUAUCUUUAAAUCAUAAAUUAUUAUCUUCUAAAAACAUUUUAAUGAGUGAAUUACAAUAUAAUUAUAAAAAAAAAUUCGAUAUAAAUAGUAAUUGUUCAAAUGAUCGUGACUUUGUAAACAAAGAAGAAGAAGUUAAUUCAAAUAAAUGUAUAUAUACUGAAAAGAAACAGUAUUCUAACGAAAAUGAUGAAAAAAAAAAGAAACAUUUUAAGUUUUUAGAAAAAUUAAAAGAUAUUAAAGAAGAAAAAAUUACCAAAAUAAAAAAUAUCUAUAACUCUGAAAAAAAAAAUAAACGUUUUAAAAAAGGAUUUAAUAUUUUAAAAAAUAGAAUCAGUAAUGAUAGUAUUUUAGAAAAUUUUAAUAGAUCUAAAGAGAAUUUAAAUGAAGAUGGAAAUGAAAAAGUAAAAAAAGAUGAAAUGGAAAAAGAAAGGACCUAUGAUAAAUAUAUAAAAAGUAACGAACAAUAUUCUCAGAGUUCUAUUAUUACAAUAAAUGAAGAUGAUAAAGAGGAUCAAAUGAAUAUUACACAAAAAAAUAUUAAUAUAAAUAAAAAUAAUGAGGAAAAUAUUGACAAUACAUUAUCAUUAAAAAACGAUUAUAAUAACAAUAAUAUAAAUGACAUCGAAAAUAAAAAUUUAAAAAAAGAUAGUUAUAAGUGUUCUAAUUUUAUUUCAAGAACUUCUUCUUAUAAAGAAGGAAAAACAGAAAUUAAUUUAAUUGGAAAUAAUUAUAAAAAUUCAGAAAUGAAAUAUUUAAAUACAAAUUUGAGCAAUGAUAUAUCUUUAAUUCGCGAAAAAAAAUUAUAUAAUGUAUCUUUUAAUUCUAAAAGUAAAGAAAUGAAAAAUAAAAUUAUUUCUUAUAUGAAAAAUAAAACUAAUAAAGAGAAGAAAAAUAAAAAUGAUGAAACUCUUAAAGAAAAUUCUCUAAAUAAUAUAUUAAACGAAAAAAAGGACUUAAAAAAUUAUAAAGAAAUAAUUAAUUUAAAAGAGAAUAAAAAAGUGUGUAGUUUAGAAGGCAGCAAAGAAGAAAUUAAUUUAAAGGAAGAUAAAGAUAUAAUUUAUUUAAAAGAGAAUAAUGAAAUAAUUAAUAUGAAAGACCAUUAUGAAAUAAUUAGUUUAAAGAAUAAUAACAAAACUAUUAGUUUAAGCAAUGAUAAUAAAAUGUUUAGUUUAAAAAAUGAUUAUGAAAUAAUUAAUGCAAAAAAUAAGAAUAAUAUAAUUAAUUCAAAAGUUUAUAAUAAAUUAAAUAGUUUAAAAAACUUCAGAGAAUUUUUAAAUUUAAAGGAUGAUAAAGAAAUAAUUAAUUUAUUAGAUAAUAAAAGGAGAAAUUUUACUGUAAGUGCAAAUAUGUCUUAUGCAAUUUUGAAUACAAUAAUUAGGAAAAAUUAUAAUUGUGGUAAAUUUGAUAAGGGCUAUUUUAGUGAAUAUGAUUCAUAUAGAAUAUUAGAAAAUAAAAAUAAUAAUAAAUGUUCUCAUUCUAAAAUAAUAUGUGGGAAUUUAGAAAAAGUAAAAAGUAAAUAUACUAAGGGAGAAGAUAAACUUGCAAAUAAAAUAAAUAGAUCAUGUAUAAUAUUAAAUUCUAAUGAAUUUAAAUAUGAAGUACUUAAUAAAUCAGCCACUUUAAAAAAUCAUUUGAAAGAAUAUAAUAAAAACAAUUCGGAACAACAAAAUACAGCAGACAAAAACUAUUUAUCAAAAAAAAAAAGAAAGAUAUUUCUUCAUAUGAAAGAAAAAUUUCUAGAACUUAAAAAUAAGAAUAAAAAAAAAUUUUUUAAAAAUAAAAUAAAAAAAGUAUAUCAUAAACAAAAUUCCAAUAUUAAUAAUGAAUGUGAAGAAAAAAAAAGAAAUACUGCAAAUAGAUAUAAUUUAUUUUUAAAUGAAAUUGUAAAUGAAAAAUAUUUAAAUAAAUUUAAAAAAAGAAUGCUAUUUACAAAUAUGUUAGAAAAAAAUAAUAAUAUUGAUAAGUUGUAUUAUUCAUUGGAUGAAUAUAGUUAUUGUGAUAAUUACAUAAACAGUAAAGAAAAUUCAAAAAAAAAGAAGGAAUAUGAAGUCCUUGAUGAACAUCAUGGUAAUAGAAAUAAUAAAAUAAAUAAAGGGAAUAAUAUAAAUGAUAUAUAUGAAUUAGAUGAUAGUAAAAUGUAUAAGGAUGGAGGAUUUUAUAACGAAUUUGAUAAAAAAAAUAUACCUAAUUUAUCACAAAUUAAUGAAGAUAUAAAUUUAAAUAAGUUACAAGUUUUAAAGAAUUAUAAGAGUAAUAAAAUUUUAAAUAGUAAUAGCAGUAAUAAUAAUAAUAAAUGUGAAUUAAUAACAAAUUUCAAUCAAAAUAUCUUAAAAAAAAAAAAAAAGAGAGAAAAACAUUUCAUAACUGCAAUGGUAAAUAACUUGCAUAAAUUUUUGUUAAAAAAAAAAAAUGACUAUAAAUGUUUGAACAAAAAAAGAAUCUCUCAUAAAGUUUAUUAUAAUUUACUAACAGCUAUUAUUGAUUAUCUCUUAAUUAUAACUAUUACAUACAAGUAUGUUAACAAUAUAUAUAAUAUAUAUAUAUAUUCUAAACAUCUUCAUUUAAAAGCUAAAAAAAAAGAAAAUAAAAGAAAUUUAGAUUUUAAUCAUAUUGUGCGCAUAAUAUAUCAUAAAAAUGUCUUUUCAUCAAAUGCAUAUACAUUAAAUAUAUGUAAGCAUAAGAAUAUAUAUUUAAAAAAAAAUAUAUUUAAACAAAUAUUUGUUCAAAAUAAAAAACAUACGAUAAAAACGAAUGAAAAAUAUGAUGAAGAAAUUUCAUCAGAUAUUAAACUAAGUGAACAAACAGAAAUAAAAAAUAGUUUUGUUCCAAAUAAAUAUUAUGAAGAAAUAAAAGAUAGAAAAAACAUUUUGAGUUUAUAUAAAAGUGCAAAAAGCAAUAUUAAAAUUUUUAUGUCCAAGCAUAUGAUUCUUAAUCAUUAUUUAGAGAAAUUCUUAAAUCUUUUUAAUCAUAAAAAUUUUAACUUGACAAAGAUUGUCAUUGUACUGCUAGGAUAUUUUUCUCUUUUAUUAUUUCCUAUCAAAUUUCACCAUUUGGUUAUUUUGAAAAUAUUACACAUGUAUUAUAAGGGAUUUUUAAGAAGAUACCAUAAAAAUAUUAUCUUAAAUAGUAUCUUAGAAAAAAUAAAAAAUAUUAAAAUAUAUUUAAAGCUACAUAAACCAAUUUGCUCUUUAAGUGAAGAAGAAUACUAUACUUUAAUUGAAGAAAUUAACAAAACAUGUAACCAAUGUUUAAACAUAUCGCAAUUUAAAGAUAUUAAUGAUGAAUAUGAUUUAGCAGAUAUUAUUAUGAAAAAUUUUAGAGAAUUUUCAGAAACUAAAAGAAUAAUAAGGCAUGAAUGGAACUUCAAUCUCUUAAAUAAUUCACCGCAUGACAACACAAGUAUUUUUAAUACGAGAAAUUACACUUUCUAUUAA